UUUCUCUCAAAGGCAUCUUGCAUCAGCCUGUGGAUGUAUGCCUACCACGGGGCUCCUUCACCGGCAAAGUGGAAAAAGAAGUGGUUCACGAGAAAUUCUUCUUUUGGGUUGGGGAACCUACUGGAUUAUAACCGUUUUCUUCUUUUCAAACCUGGGCGUCCCUGGACUGGAAGGACAUCUACAAGUGGCCUGACGUUUGGUGCCCUAGAGCAUUGUGAAGCUCAUUGCUUGACUUCAAAAGAAACUGAAAUAAUUGAGGAGGAGCAGGGGCCCUGUUUCUGAGGACUCUGCCCUACAGAGAAUGUUCUACACCCGCUGAUACUCCAGAUCCAACUCCAUCUUCUGAAAUGAUCCUGAUUCCCAGAAUGCCCCUGGUGCUGCUCCUGCUCUUGCUCAUCCUGGGUUCUGCAAAAGCUCAGGUUAAUCCAGCCAUUUGUCGCUACCCUCUGGGCAUGUCAGGAGGCCACAUUCCAGAUGAGGACAUCACAGCUUCAAGUCAGUGGUCAGAGUCCACGGCUGCCAAAUAUGGGAGGCUGGACUCUGAAGAAGGAGAUGGAGCCUGGUGCCCUGAGAUUCCAGUGCAACCCAAUGACCUGAAGGAAUUUCUGCAGAUUGACUUACGGACCCUACACUUUAUCACUCUUGUGGGGACCCAGGGGCGCCAUGCAGGGGGUCAUGGCAUUGAAUUUGCACCCAUGUACAAGAUCAACUACAGUCGGGAUGGCAGCCGCUGGAUCUCCUGGCGUAACCGGCAUGGGAAGCAGGUGCUUGAUGGGAACAGUAACCCUUAUGAUGUUUUCCUGAAGGACCUGGAGCCACCCAUUGUAGCCAGAUUUGUUCGCCUUAUCCCGGUCACUGACCACUCCAUGAAUGUGUGCAUGAGGGUUGAGCUUUAUGGUUGCGUCUGGCUGGAUGGCUUGGUAUCUUACAAUGCUCCGGCUGGGCAGCAGUUUGUACUCCCUGGAGGCUCCAUCAUUUAUCUGAAUGAUUCUGUCUAUGAUGGAGCUGUUGGGUACAGCAUGACGGAAGGGCUAGGCCAGUUGACUGAUGGGGUGUCUGGCCUGGAUGAUUUUACCCAGACUCAUGAAUAUCAUGUGUGGCCUGGUUAUGACUACGUGGGAUGGCGGAAUGAGAGCUCUACCAAUGGCUUCAUCGAGAUCAUGUUUGAAUUUGACCGAAUCAGGAAUUUUACUACCAUGAAGGUCCAUUGCAACAACAUGUUUGCUAAAGGUGUGAAGAUCUUUAAAGAGGUCCAGUGCUACUUCCGCUCUGAAGCCAGUGAGUGGGAACCCACUGCUGUCUCCUUUCCCCUGCUCCUGGAUGAUGUGAACCCCAGUGCUCGGUUUGUCACGGUGCCCCUCCACCAUCGAAUGGCUAGUGCCAUCAAAUGCCAGUACCAUUUUGCCGACACGUGGAUGAUGUUCAGCGAGAUCACUUUCCAAUCAGAUGCUGCAAUGUAUAAUAACUCUGGAGCCCUUCCCACAUCCCCUAUGGCACCCACCACCUAUGAUCCCAUGCUUAAAGUCGAUGAUAGCAACACUCGGAUCCUGAUUGGUUGCUUGGUGGCCAUCAUCUUCAUCCUGCUGGCUAUCAUCGUCAUCAUCCUGUGGAGGCAGUUCUGGCAGAAGAUGCUAGAAAAGGCUUCACGAAGGAUGCUGGAUGAUGAAAUGACAGUCAGCCUUUCCCUGCCCAGCGAGUCCAGCAUGUUCAAUAACAACCGCUCCUCAUCACCAAGUGAACAGGAGUCCAACUCUACUUAUGAUCGAAUCUUCCCCCUUCGCCCCGACUACCAGGAGCCAUCCAGACUGAUUCGAAAGCUCCCAGAGUUUGCUCCAGGAGAGGAGGAGUCUGGCUGCAGUGGUGUUGUGAAGCCAGCCCAGCCCAAUGGACCUGAGGGUGUGCCCCACUAUGCAGAAGCCGACAUAGUGAAUCUCCAGGGAGUGACAGGUGGCAACACUUAUUCUGUCCCGGCUGUCACCAUGGACCUGCUCUCGGGAAAAGAUGUGGCUGUGGAAGAGUUCCCCAGGAAACUGUUGGCCUUCAAGGAGAAGCUGGGAGAAGGCCAGUUUGGGGAGGUUCAUCUCUGUGAAGUGGAGGGGAUGGAAAAAUUCAAAGACAAAGAUUUUGCACUAGAUGUCAGUGCCAACCAGCCUGUCCUGGUGGCCGUGAAAAUGCUCCGAGCAGAUGCCAACAAGAAUGCCAGGAAUGAUUUUCUUAAGGAGAUAAAGAUCAUGUCUCGGCUCAAGGACCCAAACAUCAUCCGUCUCUUAGCUGUGUGCAUCACUGAGGACCCGCUAUGCAUGAUCACGGAAUACAUGGAAAAUGGAGAUCUCAAUCAGUUUCUUUCUCGACACGAGCCUCUGAGUUCUUGUUCUAGCAAUGCCACAGUCAGUUACUCCAACCUGAAGUUUAUGGCUACCCAGAUUGCCUCUGGUAUGAAGUACCUUUCAUCUCUCAACUUUGUCCACCGAGACCUGGCCACACGAAACUGCUUAGUGGGCAAGAAUUACACCAUUAAGAUAGCUGAUUUUGGGAUGAGCAGAAACCUGUACAGCGGUGACUACUACCGGAUCCAGGGCCGGGCGGUGCUCCCCAUCCGCUGGAUGUCCUGGGAAAGCAUCUUGCUGGGCAAAUUCACCACAGCAAGCGAUGUGUGGGCCUUUGGGGUGACUCUGUGGGAGACCUUCACCUUUUGCCAGGAGCAGCCCUAUUCUCAGCUGUCUGAUGAGCAGGUUAUUGAGAACACUGGAGAGUUCUUCCGAGACCAAGGGAGGCAGAUCUAUCUCCCUCAACCAGCCAUUUGCCCCGACUCUGUGUAUAAGCUGAUGCUCAGUUGCUGGAGAAGAGAAACCAAGCACCGGCCAUCCUUCCAAGAAAUACACCUUCUGCUUCUUCAACAAGGAGCUGAGUGAUGCCAUCAAUGCCUGGCAAAUGUUCCUGUGACCCAGAUCCUUCCCACAAGACCUAACGCUCACCCACAUCUAAGCCACUCCAGCCGGACACUCAAUGGACCCGAGAGACAGAGAAUUAGUCACUCUGCCCUCUCUGUCCCUUGCCUCCUCCACUACACUUCCCUGCUCCCUACCGUUGACUCAUAUAUACUUUUUUUUACAUGAAAUAACUAAAAGAAGAAAAAAAAUAUAGAGCAGAUAUUAGUAAAAGAAAUGUUACUUGAUAUAACAAAGGGUUAGAUAAUGAAGACUAGAAACUCAGAUAAUUUAUAAAGGUUAUACUUUUUAUAAGUGUGCAGAUCGUACAAUGUUUUUCCAUGUCACUUUCUGUAAAAUACCUUUAGAAAGAAAAAACUUGAAGAAUAUGAAUGUCUUGGGAAACACGAGAUUAGGCUUAAGGAAAAUACUUAGUAGUAAUGAAGAACUUGGCAUUCCACAACAAAUGAAUGAUUUUCUGACUUGGAUGUGACUCUCAGAUCUCUCUGUCUCUAUCUAUCUAUCUAUCUAUCUAUCUAUCUAUCUAUCUAUCUAUCUAUCUAUCUAUCUAUCUAUCUAUCUUGCCAAAGAGAGUGGCAUGUACUUAAAAAGUUCUACCUUGUUUCUUGGAAUGAAUGUUUUCUUCAAUCAUGGCCAGAAACAGAGCAUAUGGGUAGAAAGAAGGCUUGAAGUAGGACAUAGAAAGGGAAAGGUUGCAUAAGAUUCUCGGUAGACGGUGGUCACUGGAAAGGAGGCCUCAGAGGAUGACUAGCAAGUGUACUAUCUAUUGCUCAUGUGUGAGGCUCUUCACCUGUAUGCUCUAUUGCUCAUGCGUGAGGCUCUUCACCUGUAUGCUCUAUUGCUCAUGCAUGAGGCUCUUCACCUGUAUGCUCUAUUGCUCAUGCGUGAGGCUCUUCACCUGUAUGUUUUAGUGACGACUUGACUUUAAUCAGUAAAGCCUAGUGUUUCGAUAUUUUAAUGGUUGCUCCGCCAGUUCCUCUUGUCCAGUUUUAUCUUUUUCAAUAUGUGAUGGCUUUGUGGUAGGCUAGGGCUUCAACUUCCCAGGCAUAAGUAUCCAAUGUCAUGUCCAACAUACAAGAGAUAUGUUCAGAGUGUUUCCAAAAGGUUUACCAAGACCCCUGAAAGAAGUUAUAGGAAGACUGAUUUCCACUCUUUACUUGGGAAAAUAUGGAAAUAGAACAUAUGCAGGUGAAUGGGCUUCCCCAGAGAUGGGUAGUCUCUCAUCUCUGAAAAAUUUCAGAUACUAGCUGAAGAACUAUGCAAGGAGGAGGUUCUUGACUACUGGAUAUGUAUGUGUGGAAUAAUAAAAGGAUGAUCAUUUGGUGUUACUAAAAGUGCUUUUGCCGAAGAGAGGCCACAGAAAAGCGUGAAGUUCUGGCUUCGGGAUUCAUGAGAACUGAUACAUGUUCAAGCUAGGGUCACCUUAGAGCAGAUCUUAAGUUUUCAUCCUCCACAAACUCCAAGAUUCAGCAGAAAUCUAGACUACAAAACCCUUAACUUCUACAGAGGAAAACCAAGCCAAGGUAAAAUAGUGGUGCCCUGCUCCUGUCUGUCCAGUCAGCUUGCUCCAUGGUCUCUUAUAAAUCUGAGAGCUUCUUGGUUCAGCCUUCAGCAUCGCUACAGGACACAGCAGAUGUGUAUCUCUAAGUCUUAACAUUAGUUUUGUAGAUCCCACUCGCUCAUAGCCAAUUUACCUCCUCUCCCAUAGCUUUUCUACCACUCUCAGCAAGACUAACUUUGGGUAGGAGAGAUCAUUGGGUUGGGAACUCUGGCCUUGUUUUGCCUCAAGCCAAAUAUGCAAUCUUUCCAAGUCUUGCUUCUCUCUGAAGUUAUUUUCUUAUCUGUUUCACACAAAAAUCAAAUUAGAUGACCUAGUAAUCUCUUAGAGUUCUGCUAGGUUUUGUGCUUGCUGAAGAACUAGAUUUGUGGUUGUAGCUUCAGUUACAGCUCAGACAAUUGGGCCAGUAAUAGUGAUCCUGAGUAACAUCAUUUAAGUAAUACUGGCACCUGCAUUAUAUCUGCUUUAGAGUGACCAGGUACUUCACGUUAUCUCAUUUGAUAGUUCUAGGGCCAGACACGUUUCUUUCAUAACUCUUGACUAUAUACUCUUCAGGAUUCUGCCCCCAGUUCACUGUAUUCCUUUAAAAAUGACAUUUCCAGGACUCUGCUUUAUGUAACUAAUCUAUUCCAGAUGGCUAUCAAACAUGUAUCAUCAUGUACAGGCACUUUUUUGGUAUGAAGAAGGUUCUACCUUCUGGCACUGAAACCUUUGUAUUAUAGACACAGGUUUAGUUUCUAUUUACACUAGUAGAGUUUAGCAAUGCAGGUCUGAGUGAACGACCAUGGUAGAUGAUGAGGGCUUACUCUAAAGACUUACUCUUAGACAGGUAGCUCAAAUCUAAAUUAGAGAAAUGAAGGUAGGCUUUGAAAAAGAAAGCAGAAACAGAUGAGAAACUGUGGGUUAUUCAUUUCCAUAAGUUACUCGUGAUCAUAAUACAUGUGAACCAUUUAUGUCAAUAUGUCCUUUAGAUUGUCAUAUUUCAAUUUAUACCUUUAUUGAUGAAUGCAUACAUUAGCUGGGUCCAUUUAUAUUUUUUUUUUUAGUUUUGGGGAUCAUACCCAGAGCUCACAUUUGCUAGGCAUGGGUUCUGUCAUUGAUGUAUAGCUUAGUAUCUAUGUUCAAAUCUUGAUCUGGUUACCAGACAAAUGUUUAACUAUGUCACAUAUGUGACCUAGAGUGCAAAUGAGUGCCUCAAGAAGAGCAUUCAUUGUUGGAGCUGUGGAAGGAUCGCCUGUGAAUGCUCAAAACUGUAGAACAAGAGAGGGCUGUAUGCAAGCAUGUAAGUAGUGAUUUUUAAAAGUGGUUACACAAAUGUGUGUGCGUGUGUGUGGCUGGAUGGAGAGGAUGGGAAGAAAAUAAAAAAGACAGUGCCAUAAAAGAGAGGCAAGGAGAGGUUCUGGGGAAGAUACAGGUUGAGGCAAGUCAGAUGUGGUAGAGACAGGGCUAGCUGGAGGCCAUGAAGUCAGUGCUGAUGCAUGAAAAGAGAUCUGUGAGAGGUCAGAAAAGGUGACUUGGAAAGAGUGGAGGGUAAGUAAAGGAGAAAUGCUGGAUGCUGGGUGAGGGUGCCUGCUUUAUUAAAUCGAUGGCAGGUACAUCAUAGGCAAUGCAAGGGAUUUUUGCAGAGUCGAAGAAGGACGUGGUCUUCAUGCUUAUAGAAAUAUGUAGCCACCAGAGCCAUCAGGGAGUGACAUCCUCAUCUCAGGAAGUGGGUACAGAAGGCAGUUUGCUCUCCUGUGGGUUCUAGACCACAUCUAGCACUGGUGACAGUGCUGUCUGUGCACUGGACUUGGGUGUUCCAUGUGCUGUUUCAGCAUGAAGAUCUAGGAGCAUUUGGUAGUGACUGAAUCCACUUUCAAUAAUGCUCAUCUUUGCUUGGUCUAAAAUGGCCACAGCAAACAUGGAAACAAUAGGUGUAAGUUAGACAAUACAAAGUUUUGUCUGCUCUUUGACAGAGGGGUGUGCCAUAUUGGAAACAUGCUUGUGUAUUUCCCACCUACAAGAACAGCAUGAUGUGGGCUUAGGCCAUGUGUUUUAAGUAAAGAGGAGAUGGAGGGGCGUGUCAGGAUGAAGGGAUUGUGGGAAGAUGUUCUGAAGACAUGCACUACAAAACAGGGCAGUGUCUGGUUUCAUCCAGUUAAAAAAUUAAAAGAAUUGCAAUACAUUGCUUAUUGUAACUUUGAUCCUAAGUUGAAUUCAUGGGUCUGGCGUUUGCAGCAUAGUCUUUUUGUUUUGUUUUGUUUUGUUUUGUUUUGUUUUGAAGCCUAUGUCCUUGGGCACUGUGUGGGGCAAGGCCCCAGUGUUUUGGCAAGAUGCAGAUUCUGGUCUCCUGGAAAACUUUUUGAAGUUUCAUAUUCUAGAAACAGAUGAAUGCCAUUGGCACUUGGUGAGUUAAUUGGAAUCCUGAGUUAAGAAUGAAGGAAGGAAGCUGGGUAGUUACUAAAGACUUGAGUAGGCUGGCAGGAAAAGACUGGGGAGGGACCAUUUAGCUGUCCCAGGUUUUCCAGAAAUUUCCUAUUUUGCAAUUCUCUGAGACUUGAAAUAAGUUACAAAAGAAUCAGCACAGACUAGCCUUACUCUGGAUCUGUUUCCCCCCGCCUCCCAAAAAUAGUUUAGUCUGUUUUCAUCCAUUUGAACCAUUUUCAAAACUAAACUCUAGGCCUGACUUGACUUUCACCAGUUUUCCUACCUUUUACUCACUGGGUAUUUUUAGCCUUUGUUAGUUUGUAACCUGGCUGUGGUGGCUUAUGGGAUAAAAGAUUCUACCUAGAUAUUACUCUACAAAUGAGAGAAAACAUCAAAUUGAGAAGCUCUUUUAUCAGUGACUAAUACUCCACCUAUUUGCUGAAUCCACUUUCAAUUAAAGCUCAUCACUGCUGGACCCAGAAUGGCCACAGCAUGACACAGGAGUCAUCUGUAAUAAUUAGCUCCUCUGUUUGGCACUCCAAACAAUUCAAGAACAACUUAAGAAGAGUAACAAUAUAAAAUGGAUUUUAGGUGGAAGGAAAUUCUGAACAGAAGAAUGGGACUUUUGUUGGUGAUGAGAGGGGUCUAUGAUAAAGCAGUAUUUUGGUCAAGAAUUAAGUGGUACUGAAUGGAAGCAGGGAUAUAGUUUGUGGCUAGAAUAUGGCGCAAAUAUAAACCCCUAAUCUGAGGUUAAAACGCUGUCUUCAGAGUAUCAGAGGAGCUUCGUUUGCUUAAUUUCAUCCUUAAUUGUAAUAUCAGCUGCUAAACUAAAUGCAAACACAACAGCUUCCUGGGGAAAAGUUGAAACUCUAGUUUCCUGGAUCACGACUUUGGGUUUUCUGUUAGACAGUUUUUAAGCUGCCUUACUUAAGGGCUACAGAAUAAUAACUGUCUGUGGCUUAUGAAGUUCCUAGCACACAAGUGAAUAUUUUGUGAAUUUUAUGUUUUUAAUGAAUAAAGUAUGGAAAAAUUAUGUA